AUGCAGGGAUUAAUAGGGAGAAGGGUAUUAUCUGGAACAGCACAAUCCCUGCUAAGGCAGCGCUGCUUCUCUCAGGUGGCCCAAAGCGAAGUUCUCCGAGACAAUGGCGUCGCUACUCCGAGAAUGCCCCCCUUCGAUUACACCCCUCCUCCCUACACCGGCCCCACCGCCGACGAGAUCUUCGCCCAGCGCAAGGAGUAUCUCAGCCCUUCGAUGUUCUACUUCUACGACAAACCACUGAACAUAGUGGACGGGAAGAGGCAGUACUUGUUCGACGAAAGCGGGCGGAGGUAUUUGGACGGUUUCGGAGGGAUUGCUACUGUGAGCUGCGGGCACUGCCACCCCGAUGUGGUGGAGGCCAUAGUCAACCAAACCAAGCGCAUCCAACACUCUACCAUCCUCUACCUCAACCACGCCAUCGGCGAUUUCGCCCAGGCGCUCGCCUCCAAGUUGCCCGCCAAUCUCAAGGUGGUGUUUUUUACAAACUCGGGGACGGAAGCGAACGAGUUGGCGAUGUUGAUAGCGAGGUUGUACACGGGGAGCCAUGACAUUAUCUCGUUGAGAAACGCUUACCAUGGCAACGCAGCUGGCACCAUGGGGGCCACCGCUCAGGGCAACUGGAAAUUCAAUGUCAUCCAGAGUGGAGUUCAUCAUGCCGUAAACCCGGACCCAUACAGAGGAGUUUUUGGUGCAGAUGGAGAGAAGUAUGCCAAUGAUGUUCAAGAUCUCAUAGACUUUGGAACCUCAGGCCAUGUUGCUGGUUUUAUGUGUGAAGCCAUACAGGGAGUAGGUGGAAUUGUAGAAUUGGCGCAAGGUUACUUGCCAGCCGUUUAUAAAAGUGUGAAGAAAGCAGGAGGCCUUUUCAUUGCUGAUGAGGUCCAGUGUGGUUUUGCUCGCACAGGAAGCAACUUCUGGGGAUUUGAGGGCCAUGGUGUUGUGCCUGACAUUGUAACAAUGGCCAAGGGCAUUGGAAAUGGCAUUCCUCUUGGUGCUGUUGUAACCACUCCUGAGGUUGCAGAGGUCCUGACUCGCCGCAAUUACUUCAACACCUUCGGUGGGAAUCCAGUAUGUACAGCCGCGGGACUUGCUGUUCUAAAAGUGAUUGAGAAAGAAAAGCUUCAGGAUAAUGCUUUCGUCGUGGGAUCAUAUCUGAAAGAAAGACUCAAUGCCCUCAAGGAUAAAUAUGAACUUAUUGGGGAUGUGAGGGGAAGGGGAUUAAUGCUUGGAGUUGAACUAGUCACUGAUCGUGAGCUGAAGACACCUGCAAAGGCUGAAACUGUACAUAUAAUGGAAAAGAUGAAAGAUUUGGGAGUGUUGGUUGGCAAAGGCGGCUUCUAUGGAAAUGUUUUCAGAAUCACACCUCCCCUGUGCUUCACCAAGGAUGAUGCAGAUUUUCUUGUGGAUGCAAUGGACUACACAAUGUCUAAGAUUUGA